UAAAUAAUCGAAUUUCUCCCAUUUGCAGAAAAAAUGAAUUCUCUCUUCAUCUUCGCCUCCGUGCUCGCCCUGGCUGUUGCCGGACCUGCCCACCGCGGCCUGGUCGCCCCCGGACCCGCUGGACCCGUCAUGGCCCCCGAAUUCGAGCCCAUCGCUAUUGGACCCGCCGUCAUUGAAAACAACCCUAUCUCCGUUGGACCCGUCAUGGUUGAGGCUGAGCCUAUUGCCGUUGGACCCGCUAUCAUCGAGACCGCUCCCAUCUCUGUUGGACCCGCCAUUAUUGAUGCUUUCGAGCCCAUCGCUGUCGGACCCGCCAUCAUUGACGCUUUCGAGCCCAUCGCCGUCGGACCCGCUAUCGUCGAAGGUUUCGAGCCCGUCGCUCCCUCCCCCGUCGCUGUUGUCGAGGAGGCCGUCAACCACCCCGCUGCUCCCGCCCUCGUCCAGAUCAUCCUGAACAUCAACGGUGCCAGCCACGUCAUCGACACUCCCCUUGAGGUUCCCGUCGCCACCCCCGUGCAGGUUGUAGACAGCGCUCCCGCCGCCCCUGCUCCCGUGCAGGUUGUGGAGGCCGCCCCUGUCCCCGUUGAGCCCGUGCAGGUCGUCGAGGCCGCCCCUGAACCCGUCCAGGUCAUCGAGGCUGCCCCCGCCCCCGUCAUCAUCGGAACCCCCACUCUGCCCGUCCCCGUUGUCGUCCUUCCCGAGGAGCUCAACUAAAUUAGUCAGUUAAGGAUCUUAGAGAAACUGUACCAUUGAAUUAACAUCUACACAACCGCUUACUAUGUGAUUUAAUAUUAAGGUAUUGAAUAAAACAUAUCAGUUUCGAAUUACAAA